AUGCUUGAUAGGGGGUUGAUGACGCCGAGCCCCGCGAAUGCCUACACUCAAAUCGGCCGGCAAGGAAACUCGGUGGAGCUUAAAACCAUUUGUCACACGACCGAAUUGUCAUCCUGCAAGUUUGCAAAAGAUGCUGGACAGCAGAUAGCUUAUCCUUAUUCAGGCAAAAUGAAGUGGAUAAAUUCAGCUUAUGAAGGACAAACAUUUCAUAAUGGUGAUUAUCAUCAUAACACCGCACAGGUGCCUGAAGCAAAUCAUCCAUCUUAUCAUCGCUUCCCUCAUCCUCAUCACCAGAUGUAUGACCGUUAUCAUCAACAUCAUCAUCCCCAACAACAACUCCUUGAUGGAGAAAGAAGUCUUAGAGAGGAACUGCUCUCAUUCUUUGAGGACAAGAAAGACUCCCCGGAGAUGAGCAUGGGUGCCCUGGGGCCUAUGCCAGUAACCUCCAACCCAUCCUCGCCCACCCAUGGCAUGAGCCAGUACUGUGCGAUUUGUGGCGAUCGCGCGACAGGUAAACAUUAUGGAGCCUCCAGCUGUGAUGGCUGUAAGGGAUUCUUCAGACGCAGUGUCAGGAAAAACCACGUUUACACAUGCCGCUUUAGUCGGAACUGUGUGGUGGACAAAGACAAACGUAACCAAUGCCGCUACUGUCGGCUACGUAAAUGUUUCCGUGCCGGAAUGAAGAAAGAAGCUGUACAGAAUGAGCGAGAUAGGAUAAGUGUGAGGCGAACCAGUUAUGAAGAUGUAGGACAGAACACAACCUUGUCAGUCAGCACAUUGUUAAAUGCAGAAAUACUGUCGAGACAGAUUACCUCCCCUGCUGUCCUGCUAGACUCGUCUCAGAGAAAUGUGGCAACAACAGAUGAUGUAGCAGAAUCUAUGAAACAACAGCUCCUUGUACUAGUGGAGUGGGCUAAAUAUAUUCCUUCCUUUUGUGAACUUCCAUUAGAUGACCAGGUUGCUCUUCUUCGCGCACAUGCUGGGGAACAUUUAGUUCUUGGUUGUGCUCGGCGAUCCAUGUCAUCAAAUGACAUGCUGUUGCUUGGUAACGAUGCCAUUAUUCCCCGCCAUUGUCAAGAUGCAGACAUGGGUCGUGUAGCCUCCAGAAUCCUCGAUGAACUAACUGGGCCACUUCGGGAGGUACAAAUUGAUGACUCAGAGUUUGCUUGCUUGAAAGCUAUCGUCUUUUUUGAUCCAGAUGCAAAGGGUUUGAGUGAUCCCCAGAAAGUAAAAAACUUUCGUUACCAGAUCCACGUUAAUUUGGAGGAUUAUGUAAAUGACCGACAGUACGACACUAGAGGGCGCUUUGGAGAAAUACUUCUCCUUUUACCGCCCCUCCAGAGUAUAACCUGGCAGAUGAUUGAACAGGUUCAGUUUGCGAAAUUGUUUGGCAUGGCACACAUUGAUAAUCUGCUUCAGGAAAUGCUUUUAGGAGGAGCUGCAGCAGCAGCCUCAGAUCCCACUACAGCAACAAACACACCCACCUCACUCGAGCCGUCUCUGGACAUGCCCAGUUUCCAAGAUCCAAUGACUGAACACCUGUCGAUGCCCCAGGGGAUGGAGCUGCCCCAUAUGUCCCCUACCUCCAGUCAGUCCCCACCCCUGGGGCUCUCCCUGCUACACAACUCAGCGAUAGAGCAUAUUUCCACCCCAUCUCUCACGGCAGACCACCUGUUGUGUAGUACGUCAUUGCCUGGUGCCAUGCUAGACCAUGGAACUAUUCACAUUCCCAAUGGACACAGCCCAGUGGCAUCACCAACACUUCCAACCACCUCAGAAUCUUACAAGGUUGCAAUGACACCACAACAGAGGUUUAAACAGGAAGUGCUGUGAUGGUUUAAUUUUUUGGUUUUUUUUUCGUCAUGAUGAAAUUACUCGUUUUAGCUCUUUUGUUAUGACAUUUUUAGUUUACGUAUCAAAAUAGGACAACAUGGUGGUCGAGAGAAGAUUUGAGAUAUUUUUUUUUAUUGUUGUGUUUCACAAUCUUCUACACCAUUCAUUCCUUCAAACAAGGGAGAAAACUCUCCCUGUGCUAUUUUGAUCUGAGAUGGUCGCGAGUAAUUUGAGGAAAGAAUUGGUGUUGGACUUCCAUUUGGCACUACUAAUCAUUGUUGACAAUUUUGUUGCCUUUUGACUCGUAAUCUGCAAAAUAACGGACUCCGUGCUUCCAUCUUAUACAUCCUGAUGAUGUUUACUCUGCUGAUGAUGUCAAUAUCUUGUGAUUUUGUGAUUUUUCGUUAAACGACUUUGAAUUGCUGUAACAAUAUUACCCCCUCGUGUUUAUUAUCUGAUAAUGUCUUUUAUCAGGGUUAGUCUCUAAAUAGUUUUCCUGUAUUGGUCUAUCGUUUAUUGUUUAUAAAUGUUUACUGAUAAAAUAUGUAAAUAAAUAACAAUUGCGUAAUUGUUGAUUUUAAAAUUCAAAACAAAGUUUUAACAACAAACAACUUUAUUAGAUAAGGAAACAUGGAAUGAGAGAGAGAGAGAGAGAGAGAGAAGUAUAUAUAUAUAUAUAGAGAGAGAGAGAGAUAAAUGAUAAA